AUGAAGCAGUCGGCAUUCGUCCAGUUUCACCGCGAAUGGCUCAGUGAUUGCUCACGCAACUUCGACUGUCUUGUACUUUGCCGUGGCUGGAUACUCACAUGGGGCUCUAAGUCCUGCACUGUUCUCCAGACACAAAACCCAACUGUGCCUUGGCCUUACGAGACCACUACCGAUGGCACUGUAAUUGCUUACGCGACCUCGACUCUCUCGUAUAUCGCUGUUUCUGGAUACUCACUCACAGAGACAUACGGUGCAGGGAAGUCGACUACCAUCUCGGUUCCAUCGUUCACCGCCAAUCGUGCUAUGUGGGAUGAGCUUUCGGCAUACAGCUUCCUGAUUUACGACAUCGAUCAUUCGAAUGUCGACGAAGAUGCGCUGUCAAGCAGUCUCCAGAAUGAAGAGAAGGGCGGUGCAAUGUUGGCUUGGGAAUUCAGCACCGAGACCACCGACGGUACAGCUGCAAAGUUCAACCUUCCUGUCUCGAUGAAGAGCGGUUGCGUGGAAAGAGCUAUUGUGACAGGGUAA